AUGAAGUUCUCCGCAAUCUGCCUUGUAGUCGCCUUGUUCGUUGCUUCAGCUGUUGCUGAACCUUACUACUACUACAAACGUGAUGCCGAGGCAUCUGCCGAUGCCACCCCAUACUACUACUACAAACGUGAUGCUGAUGCCACCCCAUACUACUACUACAAGCGUGAUGCCGAUGCCACCCCAUACUACUACUACAAGCGUGAUGCCGAAGCUACCCCAUACUACUACUACAAGCGUGAUGCCGAAGCUACCCCAUACUACUACUACAAGCGUGAUGCCGAAGCUACUCCAUACUACUACUACAAGCGUGAUGCCGAAGCCACCCCCUACUACUACUACAAGCGUGAUGCCGAAGCCACCCCCUACUACUACUACAAGCGUGAUGCCGAAGCCACUCCAUACUACUACUACAAGCGUGAUGCCGAAGCCACUCCAUACUACUACUACAAGCACACCUAG